AUGGCCAUCGGUACUGCAAGCAAGCCGGCUGGGGAUGACCAGCUGGCGGCGGUUCUUCCAUCAGGCCCAGCAUGGUACAAGCAAACUCAUCUAUUCCGCCUCAACCUCAUCAUCCUCUCUCUUGUCAUGUUCUCGUCCGCCAACGGUUAUGACGGAUCCCUCAUGAACGGUCUCGAAGCCCUGACCCAGUGGAAAGCUUUCAUGCAUAAUCCCACCGGAGCCAAGCUAGGAUGGCUGAAUGCAAUCUACUGGCUUGGCUGUGGCAUCGGCUACCCAACUGCGGCGUGGAUUUCUAACCGAUAUGGACGCAAACCUGGCGUCUACAUCGGGUAUUCUUUCUUGACACUUGGCUGCGCGCUCCAGACCGCUGCUCCUAACCCCACUGCCUUCAUGCUCGCUCGGUUCUUUCUUGGUAUUGCUUCCGCCCUGUUCGGCAACGCCGUCCCCCUGCUCAUUAACGAGAUCGCCUACCCGACUCACCGUGGCAUCCUCAACUCGCUCUUCAUGUCCGGGUGGUAUGUGGGGGGUACUGUCGCCGCAUGGGUCGUUUUUGCCUCCCGCACAUACCCAUCGUCCUGGUCCUGGCGACUACCAUCGGUCCUACAAGCCCUCGUGCCAGUGGUGGGACUCCCGGGGUUCCUUUUUGCUCCGGAGAGCCCUCGCUGGCUGAUCUCGGUGGGACGUGACGAGGAGGCUCGCGCGAUUCUCACUCGGUACCACGCCGCUGGUGACGAGGCAUCACCGCUCGUGGCGUACGAGUUUGCCGAGAUCAGCUUGACCAUCCGGGCGGAGCAAGAGGCUCACAGCAGCGCCAGCUACCUGGACAUGGUCAAGACACCGGGGAACCGAUGGCGCCUGAUGAUCUCCAUCAGUCUGGGCUUCUUUGCCCAAUGGUCUGGCAAUGGUGUGGUCUCGUAUUAUUUAUCACUCAUCCUAGACUCGGUCGGUGUCACCAGUGUCCGAAACCAGACCCUCAUCUCGGCAUCCUUGCAGAUGUGGGAUCUGGUCUUUGCUGCUCUUGGAGCGUUUCUGAUCGACCGACUCGGUCGCCGUCCGCUCUUCCUGGCGUCUGCAGCCAUUAUGUUCGUGAGUUAUGUGCUCGUGACGGCUCUUUCGGGCUCGUUUGCCGCUACCAAACACUCUGGCACGGGGGCUGCCGUGAUUCCUUUCCUCUUUAUUUUCUUUGCAGGCUACUGCAUUGCCUUAACUCCAUUCCUGACCUCGUACCCCUGCGAAAUCUGGCCCUACCGUCUACGAUCCCGCGGUCUAACCGUGACCUGGGUGGCCACCAUCGUCGGCAUGUUCUUCAAUACCUUCGUGAACCCGAUUGCCCUGGACGCUAUUGAAUGGAGAUACUACAUUGUGUUUAUUGUCGUGCUACUGGUUUUUGGCGUCACGGCGUUCUUCUUCUACCCGGAGACAAAGGGAUACUCGUUGGAGCAGGUGGCGGUGAUAUUCGAUGGACCUGAUGCUGUGGGGGGUUCUUCCGAGUUGGGGAUGUAUACUGGGGAGGCGAAGUUGGAAGCUGAGCAUGAGGAGUCGGUAUAG